CUGAAAAAGUACGACACAGCUAGAAGAAGGAUCAGACAUUUUGUCAAACUUUCCCCAGCGGUUUUUUUAAUAGCAAGUUAGUGUUUGUGUGUUGAAGAUGUUUCGGUGUGGAAUUGCCUACCCAAGGUGUAGAUGGAUCCUGCCACUUCUUUUGCUUUUUGCCGUGAUUUUUGACAUUAUUGCCAUUGCUGCAACAUCUGGCUGGGUCGACGACUCCAAGGCGCAUUAUGCUAAUAUGUGGCAACAGUGCCGAGGAGUAAAGGAACCCUAUGAAUGCAAGUCUCUCAUGGAGUUUGCAUGGGCCAAAGCCGUCGCUGCCCUGAUGAUCAUUGGCCUGAUACUGCUUAUCAUCACAUUCUUUGUGUCCCUUGUGACCCUCUGCACACUGAGGCUUAGUCUGCUGCGUGUCGUGGGACUCCUCCUCCUUAUUGCAGUUGUUUUACAGAUCAUCGCUCUGAUUGUUUACCCAGUGAACUUCAACAACUUAAUCUUCGAGGGACACUACGACUACAGCUGGGCGUACGGCUUCGGUUGGGGGGCAACCAUUAUCAUGCUUGGCUGCUGCAUCCUCUUCUGCUGCCUUCCCAACUACGAAGAUGAGCUGACCGGCAUGGCCAAGACCAAGUAUAUCUACUCCAGAGAUUAGAGACCAGGGGGAGAGGAAGAGGCACACAGACAGAAGCUCUGUUCUGGAACACGCAAGAGCUGUUUUAAUUCCUGGUAAUGCCAGUGUAUGCCCCUUUAUUUGAUGCACUGCGGGCACACACCAGCAUUAUAUUGAAUUAUAACAUCCUAAAGGAGUUUUUCAAGAGGAAAAUGUUUUUGAAUUGCAUUAGUUAUAAGAGUAUUUUCUUUAUAUUUCCAACAGAGACAUUCAGCAGCAAAGGGACUUGGUAGAGUUUUAAAUGGUGCUGUUGCAUUUUAUUGAAUCCAAGGUGAAUCAAAUUCAGAGGUUUCUUCACCAGUUCAAAGAAAUGCAGGGGGACAAGUGUGAGCAAUGAUGCUCAGACAGGUAGCAACGAUUCAUUUGUCUAAUGAGCAUUCUUUUUCCAAGGCAUGUCUGGGAACUGUAAAGAGACUUUUUUUGGCAGGGUGUUUUGUGGGUAAUUUUGAGAUGUGUGUCAGGUAGUGCUGCAUUGUUAGAACUUGGCAAUUAUAUGCAUGUUCAAAUAGGAUAUGAAAGAAUUGAACGUACAGAGGAGAAAACUACCAAGUCCUACAGAAACACUGCUGUUUUAAUGUAAUUAUACAUGGUAACAUUAAACAUACACUUUAGUUUAAAAAUAAAUAAAUAAAAAAUAUUUUUAGUGUCACGUAUUAUUUCAUUUAAAACUUGCUUUGAGCAGUUUUUGCUUAAUGGUACAAGGGGGCUUAAUAAAUAAUUUCCUAAAGGUAAAACUAUGGGCAUUUCUCAGUGGGGCAAAAUAUUUAUUUUUAAGUUGGAUUCAUUUGAUUAAUUAAUUGAUUGAUUAAUUAAUUUUGCUGCUAGGCUACCUCCACCCCGUUUUUGUUUUUUUGGGAGGCUGGUUCUACACCACCCUGUUUUGGAGGCCUGACAGACAUUAGGCCUCACCUCUCAGAGGACAGGUGUAGUCGGGAUAAAAAGGGGACCCUGAUGCUAAACCUUAAGUUUAGCAACAUAGUUGCAGCCCUGUUCCUUGAAUUUUCAUCCAUAUGUUUUGCCCUUUCCUAAAUGCUAACAGCUGCAUUUCCUGGGAUUUUCCCUAACCACUUUUGUUUGCACAUUAGCACAAUUGGACAUGGUAAAAAGCGUGCCAGCCAGCAAAACACAAAUAUAUGUGCAAACAAAACUGUUUUACGUUUGUGAAAUUAUUGCAGUACUGUAACCCAAUGUUAUAGGUGGGAUAUACUUUUUGUGCAAGCACUGUAUUAUUGUUUUUUACAUAAAAUAAACUUUUUCUGAAAAA